GUCGUGGAGCGAGCUGAGGCGUUUAGGGGCCGGUUAUGCAAGGUGGAAAUGGCGCAGAUAACGGAGGGGAGGACCCGAGAGGUUCAAGCACGGUCGUUCCUGUUCUUCGCGAAAGUCCGAGUCUCCUAGGCUUCCACUCAUUGCUUCCAUCUUGCCCUGCGCAGGUUUCAGGGCGGUAGAAUUGCGCCCUGCACCUCCCGGUUGAUUCCAGAAUCCUUCGCGCUUCAGCCCCGAGGGGAGACCAUGCCGAGACCCCGAAAGAGGCAGGCUGGGGCUGCUAGCCCAGGGGAUCACUACACAGGUUAUGCUGAUUAACCGAGUUCGUGAGCGGAACACACAGAGCCGGGGGCCUGUCAUGUGCAGUGAGGACUUACCUGUUAGCCGUGGAGUGCCUGCUAUGUUCUAAGCACAUUGAUGCUCUCAGGAUCAAACCUAUUCUUGACCACGUCUACAAAGUCCCGAGAGGACUUUUUUCGUACCUUCUCUUAGCACGUUUUCGGAGCAGAAAAGAUGCAGCCCUGAAGCACAAGGAGCAAGAAAGAAAGAUGGAAGCGACCGUGACAAUACUGGCCCGUAUUUAUGGAGCAUUUAGUACGACGCCAGGCAUUGUCUCAGCGCUUUAUGUGCACCUCGUAUCAUUGGCAAGGCCAGUUUCCUCACUGGAGAGAACAGCCUGAGCACAGAAGAAAGAGUGAGGGAUGGAGGACAUUGCUGACUACUGCCAGGACCGUGGAUCCUGAAGAACCCUAGGAGGUGUUCUGGUCUCACUGAAGAGAUAAUCCAGGAGAGAGCCUGUAAAGCGGACAUUCUUGUCCAGUUUUAUAGGCAAAAUAACUGACGUUUCUUAUAAAUGUGCUGGACUAAGGUGCUAGAGCUCGUAGUUAACUGACCUAGGAUUGAAUCCAGGUCUGGCUCAGUAUAAGCUUUGUCCUCCAUGCGUGACCGGUCGGCAAGCAUGUGCCAUGUCUCUGUUUGCGUCUCCUAUUGCAGAUGAGAAGGGGCUAGUGGGAAAACGUAACAAGACUGAGAACUCAGGUGAAACGGCAGCUGAAGAGAACUCCAGCCCUCAGAAGUCUGUAGCCUCUAAAGACUGUGGGAAGAGUCUCAGUAGCUACUGGCUGAUGAAGUCCGAGCCUGAGAGCCGACUAGAGAAAGGUGUGGAUGUGAAGUUCAGCAUUGAGGAUCUCAGAGCACAGCCCAAGCAGACAACGUGCUGGGAUGGAGUUCGCAACUAUCAGGCACGAAACUUCCUCAGAGCCAUGAAGCUGGAGGAGGAAGCCUUCUUCUACCACAGCAACUGCAAAGAGCCAGGCAUCGCGGGACUUAUAAAAAUUGUAAAGGAGGCGUAUCCAGAUCACACGCAGUUUGAGAAAAAUGAUCCCCAUUAUGACCCAUCCAGUAAAAAGGACAACCCCAAAUGGUCCAUGGUGGACGUCCAGUUGGUUCGGAUGAUGAAGCGUUUCAUCCCACUGGCCGAGCUCAAAACCUAUCAUCAAGCUCACAAAGCCAGCGGUGGCCCCUUAAAAAACAUGGCUCUCUUCACUCGCCAGAGACUCUCCGUUCAGCCUGUGACUCAAGGUAAGAGCAGGCCCUUUCCCUCAUACAGCAGGACUCAGUUCCCUUUUAGUAGCUCGUUAACGUGAUGCAGGGCUUAACUUCCCUGGUCUGUCUGCCUGUAACACCCACGACAAAGGGACACGCCGAAUCGGCCAUUACCACAGCCAGCACCCGACAGCGCCUGGCGCCGGGCAUGAUGCUCCACUGACAGUCCUUGACCCGACGACCGCCUGCCUUGGUGACCCGUGAAGUCCCUAGUGUGCCUGGCCUAACUGCCCUGUUCAAGAGGAGACCUAAGACCUAAAUCUUCCCCUCCCUCUUCCUCUUU